CUACUCCGGUGCUACCUCUUCCUCCACCUUCUGCGCCUCUUCCGCCACCGUUAUCUUCCUCUAUUCCAUCACCAUCCCUUCCAUUAGUAUUAUCUCCCCCACCACCACUACCUGGCGGCUCGGUUUCACAGCCACCGUUUAUGAUGACGCCAACUCCUGUAUUAGGCGGCGGUGCUCCGGGAUUCAUCGAUAUACCUCCGCCGGUGCAAGACCUCCCUCCUAUUUUACCUCCACCGGUUCAAGACCUCCCUUCAAUAUUGCCUCCACCGGUUCAAGACCUUCCUUCCAUGCUUCCUCCACCGGCUCAAGACCUUCCUUCCAUGCUUCCUCCACCGGCUCAAGACCUUCCUUCAAUGUUUCCUCCACCGGCUCAAGAGCUCCCGCCAGUUUUGCCUCCACCCGUUCAAGACUUUCCACAGAUUUUACCUCCACCGGUUCAAGAAUUUCCGCCGAUUCUACCACCACCGGUUCAAGAGUUCCCACCGGUUUUCUCAACACCACCAAUCCUACAAGAUCCACCAACAGAACCAAUAUUCUCCACGCCACCAGCUCUUGGAGAAUUACCACCGCAAGCUCCCGUCUUCACCACGCCCCCAGAAGUAACGAAUCCAUGGCUACCGCCAGAGCAACCGCCGGUUACGUCCAUACCAACCAUACCGGAAAAUCCAUAUCCAAACCCGGACAUGGGUUCAAAUCAGCUUCCUCCACCCUCUUGGGAUUCACCACCAUCUAAUCGUUAACUUUCUAUAAAAUCUUCAAAUUCUCUUCUUUUUUUUGUUAAAUGAUAAAUAUGUAACGUAAUCUACACGUAAUAAGCAGCAAUGACGCAUUGUAACAAAUCUAUGGUUAUGAUUUGCAUUUCAAUGAGUUUAUAAUCAGAUUAAGCUCAUCGUUGCCUC